AUGCCGUCAAUCCUUGUCAUCAACGGACCAAACAUCAACCUUCUCGGAACACGAGAACCUCAUUUGUAUGGAACGGCUACAUUAGCAGACGUUAUAAACAACUGCUCGAGAAUAGCGACAGAGAAUGAGACCGAUUUUGAUGCCCUGCAAUCCAAUCACGAGGGGAUUAUCAUUGAUCGAAUACAUGAAGCGCGUGGAAAGGUCGAUUACAUUAUCAUCAAUGCUGGCGCUUUCACGCAUACAAGCGUUGCUAUCCGCGAUGCGCUUGCUGGCGUGUCAAUUCCUUUCAUUGAAGUACACAUAAGUAACGUGUACGCACGUGAAUCUUUCCGCCAUCGCGGCUAUCUUUCAGAUAAGGCAGUUGCUUGUAUUGUUGGUUUGGGUAUAUACGGCUACGAUGCUGCGAUGCACUUUGCAAUCCGAAAGAUAAAUGAGAAGUCAAAGGAGCAGGCAUAA